GUCGAUAAUUUCGCUUGAAAACACUAAUUAGCGGUGAAAAAAUUUGUUUAAAAUGGAAAUUUGAAGAUUAUUUAUAUCGAGAUAUAUAUCAAGCAAAAAUAUAAUUUUACAUCAAAAAAAGUUAUCUAUUUGUUAGGAACGAUAAUAGACAACAGAGCAGUUAGCUCUUAUUUGAACAAUGUUACUUAAAAAAUUGCUACUAACCGUGGCAUUAUUGUUUUGUGUAUGCAAGUUAACUCUAUCAAGACCAACGCACAUUGAGGCAAGCGAUAUUAUUAAAGCAAUUCAUGACAUUGAUAAUAUUAUGAACGACAGAAGUGAUGAAAGUGACGAUUCUGAUGACGAUGAUGAAACAGAUGACGAUUCACUGUCUCAAAGAGAUGAGAUAAAGAACACAACGGCUAAUGCUGGUGUUGCUGCAAAUAAAACAACAGCUGAAUCCGUACCAGAACCAGGAAAGGAUAAACCUAAAAACGAAACAUCCUCCGAAAAGCUUACAGAGGGUAACAAAGAAAAGCCAAAAGAUGCACCAGCUUUAGGUGAUGGACAGCAACUUACAAGCGAGGGAGCUGCAGGCUUAACAAAAUCUGAUCAAGAAAAACCCAAAGAAAAAGAAGCUUUUGCAGAUUCCUCUAAGGAAAGCAAAGAAAAUAAAACUGCUGUUGAUUCAAAAGCCGAACAAGGAAGUAGUCAAAAAACAAAAAGUGCGGAAAAGGAAGAGAAAAAACCAGAUGCCCACUCUAAAAGUGAAAUUUCCAAUGAAGAAAACAACGAAGAUGAAGGAGAUAGUGAUAGCGAUUCAGCUUCAGAGAAUAGUAAAUUAGACAAUGAAGAUACAGAAAAAGAAACAGCUUCUGAAGAAAAUAAAGACUCUGAUGAAGAAAAGGAGGAAGCUUCUGAAAAUAAUGAAGAUAAAGAUAAAGAAAUUGAAGCUGACACGAAUGCAGACGCAGAAAAAGAGGAAGCAAAUGAAAACGAGAAUUCCUCGCAAAAUGAAGAAGUAUCGUCUUCAGAAAGUGCAGCAGAAGACAGGGAUCAAGAGAAACCGUCUGAAUCUGACACAACAGAAGAUACAACACAAAAAGAAAGUGCAGAAGAAACUAAAACUAAAUCAGGUGCAGAACAAAAAGAUGAUGAAGAAGAUAAGGUAAAAAUGUUUUUCAUUUCUCCAUUUGAAAAGCAAACUGAAAAUGAUGCAGAUGAUUCCGCUUCAACAAGGCAGAUCUUGACAUAUCCUGCAACAGGACAUGGGUGGGGACAUACACAUCAAUGGGGUCCGUCUCACAUUUGGAAUAGUGAUUAUCCAUACUUUGCUUACGGAUACAGUUGGGGCUGUGGUCACCACGGGUAUGGCCCACAUGGACAUAUCAAAAAAUCUUCAAUUAAAGGAAAAAAUAAAAAAAGUGAUUUAAUGUGCCGUGAUUAUGUUCUUCUUCCUGCGAUGUCAAAGGCAGCAGUAAUUGCUCCACCGAUGGAAGACGAGAUGUCAGAAAAUGGAGUAGCACGACAAACAGUUGUAAGCAAAGACGUAGCGUGCAACGAUGGCGAUACAAGUUGUGCACAACGACAAGUAAUUGGAAGCAUGGCAGGAGGGUCUUUAUUUGGUGAUGGCAUGGGUGGGUUAGGUAUGGGUUUUCCCGGUAUAGCUGGUAUCCACACAGGAGUAAGUGGAUAUAAUGAAGCUGGCGGUCACGGUGAUCACGUAGGGGGCCAUCAUGGCCAUGGUCAUGGUCAUGGUAACUUCUAUGGAGGAGGAUAUGGUGGUGGACAUGGUGGUCAUGGUGGUCAUGGAGGACAUGGUGGGUAUGGUGGGUAUGGAGGUGCAUCCCAUUUUUUUAAAGCUAAUGAUCAUGGUUUUUCAAGUUAUUGGGGCAGUAGAAAUGUCGUCCCAAAAGUAGAAGAAACAGGCCAUAUUAAAAGUAAAGUUAAUAAGAAAGCAAGAAGGAGAUAUUUUGCUGGCAGUGGAUUUGGGGUUGGAUCUAAUGAUUUCAAUGGAGCUGUUGCCAAUAUGCCUUCAACAAGCUCUAUUGAUUUUGCACCAGGUGAUAACGAUAAUGAUAUUGAAACUCCGACUGUUUUGGAUGGUGGCAGAUUUGAUAGACUUAGCGGUGGCACUCCAGAGCUUGGCCACGAUUUUGGUGGAGUAAGUGGAUGGGGCGCAAUUGGUGGUGGAGUUGGACAAGGCAGAAAGUUCGCUGGGUGGGGUGACACAUUUAACACUGGGGAAAAUUUAGAACAGGUUGGAGAUAACGGUGUUGCCGGUGGAUACGGCAUUGGGGCACCAAAUGGGUUUGUUGGAGGUUACGAACACGAAGAAGACGAUGUCGAACAAGAAAGUCUUGGAGACGUACAUGGGCCUGUCGGAAGGCCGUAUAUGGCAGUUGGUACAGCACAAGGAUAUGGUAUGAGACCAAAUAUGGGAGGACCAAUUGGACAAACCGGAAUAUUUAACGCUCCAAUUGGGAACAUUGCAUCAAAUGAUUUUGGUGGUCCACUUGGACUUAAUGGUGGCAUUACUGUUCAUGGAAAAUAUUCUAAUUUUGCAUAUAAGUCAAAAAUUAAGAAGAAGAAAGGAAAAGCAGCAAGUAAGAAGUCUGUCAAAGGUACUGCUAGACAAGAUAUUGCAAUGCCAGACGAACAAGCUAUGAUGGAUGUUACUAAACAAAGACAGUUAAUUGGUUCACUUGGAGCCAGUACACUUUUUGCUGACAACGUCGGUGGAAUGGGUCUUGGCCAUCCUGGUGUUCCUCAAAUGUCAUCUGGUGUAUCUGGCAUACCAGGAGAAUACGGAGGUACUGGUGGAUUUGGACAUGGUUGGGAUGGAGAGGGACCAGGAAUGCAUCCUCAUGGAUAUAGUAACUAUGGGUAUGGCGAAGGUGGCGAGGGAGGCGAGGGAGGCGAAGGUGGCCAUUUUAGACAGCAAUCAAAUGCAGCUGAAAAUACACCUCAACCUGAAUCUUCUCAACAAGAGUCUGGCUCAAAAAGAGCUCUAAUCUACCCUCAUGGCAGUCUUGAGGGAAAUCAAGUUAUAACGGGACUUUCUGGAGCACCUUUGUCAGGUUCAGAGGAUUUGGAUGAUAACGUACCAUAUAACGCUGACCAUGGUGUUGUUCCAUUCAUGGGACAUCACAAUGUCAGAGUACCUGUCAUUCGUCAUCAUGCUCCAAGUCAUGAUGAUGACGUAGUUGGACCUAUUGCAGGACCAAUUGGGGACGAUGACGAUAACAACAACCACGUGUCAACACCCGUUUCAGUACCAUACACCCGAUAUGGUAACUUAGGCAAUUACUAUCAUCACGUUACAAAUCCUUAUCAACCAAGACAUGUUCAUGUUGGUGUAGGAACCCCAAACGUUAAGGUGGAAGUAGAAACAAGUAAAUCUCAAAUAGCUCGUAGUCCUGCUGUGCAUGUAUCAGCUCAAAAAAUGAGUGAAAUAAAGAAACUUGUGCAUGAUGUAUCUGAUUCCUUGACCAAAACAAACGAAAAAUUGAAAGCAUUAAGAAAAUCGCAUACACCAAAAGGUGGCAAACGACAAAUAACUCCUGCCUUUACACCUGUUGUGUCAGAACCAGCUGGUGUACCAGACAUUAGAUAUCCAGUUCCAGCUGCAGAUAGAUAUCCUCUAGGAGCAGGCUACAUAUGGCCUUCAGCUAAUUAUGGUCAUCAAUACGGUGGACCAUAUGCUUGGAGUAAAUCACACACACCCAAGCAUCAUACUAAAAAAGGUUAUAAACACAAGGCUAAAAAAGGUAAACAUAGGAGAUCCGUUGAGAAGGAAGAAAAAAAGAAGUCCAAGGUGGGAACAAAAAGACAAUUUUUAGCUCAUCCCGGAUAUGAAGGACAUGGCGCUGGUGAAAGUUAUCCUUAUCACGGAGGUAGGCUACCAAUAUAUGGCGUAGGGAUGGGUUAUCCAAUGUCUCACGGCGGCUACGGUGGUCAUGCAGGUGGCUUAGGAGGUGGUUACGGCCAUCACUUAGGCGGAAGUCAUAUACUUGGAGGCUAUGGAGGUGGUUUUGGUGGAGGUUUCCACGGAGGUUAUCAUGGUGGUUAUGGUCAUGCUAUUAGCAUGCGACCUGUCCAUGUCGUCUCAAAUCAUGGCUAUGGCGGAUUUGGUUCACAUGAAGGAGGCUUUGGGGGACAUUUAAGUGGAUAUGGAGGUCAUGAAGGAGGAUUUGGUGGUCACGAAAUUGGCUUUCCGGGUUUACAUGGCUACGCAGGGUUAGGGGGUGGCUAUUAUGGACACGGUGGCGGUCAUAGCCUGGGAGGAUACGAAGGAGGAAUGCAUGGGGUUGUUUCUCAUAUUCCUCAAGGUUUCAUAGGCGGUCAUGGGUCAGAAGGUGGAUAUGGAUUAGUCGGAGGCGUUGGAGGUAUCGGUGGAUAUGGACAUGGCAUGUCAGGUGGAAUGAUUGAAGACCAUGGUGCUCCAAUGGCUCAUGGACAUAUGGGCGGUUUUAGUAGCUUUAAUGGUUUUGAGGGUUUCACAGGCGGUGAGCAUGGAGCGGCUGGAGGUGUUGGUUAUGGAGGCGGUGAUCAUGGGUUAUUUGGCGCUGCUGAACAUGGUUAUAUAGGAAAUCAUGGUUUUGGUCCAGUCGAUGGUGGUGAUGUCGGUGCGGCUGGCGGGGCUGGUAGCCUUGGAGGAUUAGGAGCAAUUGGUCCAGCAGGUGGUAUGGGAGGCAUGGGUGGAGGUAUGAGCAGCAUGGGAGCUAUUGGAGGUAUGGGUGCUAUGGGAGGUAUGGGUGAAAUUGCAGGAGGCGCAGGUGGAUUUGCUGGUCAUGGUGGAGAGGCAUAUGGACAUGGUGGCGAAGGACUUCCAGAAGGAGAGGCUCUUCCAGGAUAUGGUAGACAAAAUAUUGACCAACCUGAACAACCUGGCAGUGAUCAAGGAUCGUUUGCACCAAUGGGCAGAGGUCCAAUGUCUGAACAAAUGUCUGGUAUGGUACCGGAGCCACAACAAGCUAUGUUCCUCCCGCAGGGAAUGACCCCAUACGGUGCUGAUCUAAGAGCAAUGGAAUAUCCAGGCAGUAAAAAAUCUGAAGUCCCAAAAAUUAAAUCAACAAAGAAAAGCAAAACUCCUAAGAAGAAUUGAGGUUUCUAAUUAGAAAGAGUGCUGACGUAAACUAUUUAGUUGUCUUUUCUGAUAGAAGUAGAAUCGAAAACUACGCUCAUGACAUCUAACUUUUUUUAACAUUCGCCAUGUGCUCUCAAUCCAGACUAAUGUACUUUAAAAUCUAUCGAUCUCAUUGAACUGAUCCUCAAUGAUUAACAUCUGGUCACUGUAAUUAUUUAUUGUUUUUGUUUUUAACGUACAAUAUUUUAUUGUGGCGAUUUUAAUGUUUCUACAACUUAUCUUGUGGCCAGCUAAUCUGAUUUCAACUUAGUCAACAACUAACACUUUCAUAUAUAUUCCUUUCACAUUAGAUUUUUUUAGAAUACGUAUUAUACACUUUUAUGUUCUUACAUAUGUGUUGCCUAUUGUUUUAGUGUCACAUCAUCAAAAUUAUAUAUGUCGACCUCGUUCCCAGGGAAUUGUAAGUAAUCCUAGAUAAAAAAAACAAUACCUGAGAACAAGGUUGUAUUUAUGUGAAUGUCUUUGAUUUAUGUCCAAGAAAUCUUUUUGUUGAUAUUUCUCGUUUUUGAAAGCACAUUGAUAACACCAUGUAUUAUUGGACAUAAACCACAGAUAUUUUUAUCCAUCGUAAACAUCAUAUAGUGUGUUACAAAGUAUAUAUUUUAAUAAAACGCAGAUUUAUUUUUGUCAUUGGUAAUAUACAAUUAUACAGAAAGAAAUUUGUUUUAUAUACGUGAAUUUAUCGACGCGCUACUGACUGUGUGCAAGAAAUAAGUCGUGCUACGAAAUAGUGUGGAAUUUGAAGGACAGACCAUCCUGUGGAUUAACCACUAGCACAUCCCAUGGGUUAAACACUAGCACAUUUAAUAUUAGCCGUAUUAUGUGUGUUCAAAACGGUUGCGCACAGCUUCAUUUCGGGUCCCCUGCAGAGUAAGUAAUUUACUGACGGGCGAACCCGUGGAUUUUUCUGCGGAUUAACG